AUAGCAUCAUCAGAUACAAAAUGACGAAACACCGCGUGACGAGUGGCGCCUUCAAGUCGCACAAAUGUUUGUGGCGUCUCUUUCUCUGCGCGCAUUUGGCGCUGCUCCUCUUCGCGAGUGGUUUCCUGGUGGGGGGUUUUCUCCUCCAAUGGUCAGAGUCCUCGUCCGUGGGGAUGUUCAAGCUGGGUGUGACGACGUCCUUGGUCCACCUGUGCUGGGGGGUUGCCGGCGGCCUCGCCUUCGCCGCCGUGAUCGGCAUUCUGGCGCAGACGGUGUGGAAUCGACCCUGCGCUUGGAUCCUGUACUGCACCACGUUGGGCGGCUUGGCCCUCGACCAGCUCUCCCUGGGCGGCUCCGCGCUCGGAAAGGCCUCCAACAUGAAAACCGUCAACAUCAACCUGCUCAAACAGAUGGAAUAUUACGUCAAGGAUCAGCCGUACAAUGUCACGGAUGAGUCGAAUAUCAGUGAAGGAAGAGAAAGAGAAGCAGAAUGGGAUUCAAUCCAGCAGGAUUACAAGUGUUGCGGCCUCUCGAACUACAAAGAUUGGCAAGGGGUACGUUUUGGGAGGACGAGUUUGACGGUGCCACGGUCGUGCUGCCUCCCCAGCGAGAAGAAGAGUGACAAAUACUGCAACGUCAACAUCCUUCCGGAACACCCACGCGCCUCGAGCAUCAUUUACACGGAUGGAUGUCUCCAAAAGCUGGUCCGAGUUAUGCACAUUAUGCUCCAAGCCGUCGGAUUCUACUCAAUUUUGCUCAGUUUGGUCCAAUUCGGAUUCGUCGGGGGUCUACGUACCUCUUAAUUGCGAGAUAUAUGUAAAUUUACAAGUGAUCUGUUUUUUGGAGGAAGACUUUUUGCAAACAAUGUGAAUCUGAGAUAUUUGGGAAAUAUAGUACAUAAAUUUGGUUGCAAAUCA